AUGUUUGCGGCCAACCGCUUCUCCAACAGCGCUGCUGGGUCAGCCGAUCCCCAGCAGCAGCAGAUGAUGUUCGCCAGCGGCGCUCCCUACAACUCUGCCAUGCAUCUGGCAGCUUACGGUGAUGGUGCGAAUCGUUGUGUCUUUGUCGGCGCUAUGAAUGGCAUGCCAGCUCGGCCACUCUCUCCAGCCGCGGCGAGCGCGACUUCGCCAAAUACGGCUGCUGCAGCGUGUCUUGGUGUCCCUUACCCGGGCAGCUAUGCCGUACCUCGGCCCGCUGCGGGGUACUACUACCCCCCCUACGCGGCCGUCAAGCAGUACGCCUUUCAGAAACCACAAGCUGCAGGAGUGAUGCCGGGUCAAGUGCCGCUGCCGCCGCCGUGUCAGGCUACCACAUUCAGCACUACUGCGCUCGCACUCGCGACUCAGCAGCACAGCGCCGCCCCCUCUAGCCCUUCCUAUGACCCGCAAAACGCGUCCACCUCUGCGUCUCCACAUGGAAAGGGACGUGAGAGCCCUCGCAGCGGUCGACAUCGCCGCGGCGACGGCGAGGCGACGGCAACCCCUGCCUCGGCAGCGCAGCCAUCUUCCUCCGGUAGGCACGACGGUGGCGGCAUCUAUAGCGAGCGGCGUCGCCAUCGCGAUGACCCACCACCUAGGGGCACCAACUACAGCCGUGCGCCGUCGCAGGUGGCGACAGCGACGUUUGGAGAGGAGUUUCCGCACUGCUCUAACGGUCCCAACUCACAUAUUGCACCCGCUGCUCCGGCUGCAGCUUGGGGCGCUGCUCAUGAUGAUGACGGCGGUGACGGUGGUGGCCGGCGACGACGCCGGCGUCAUCACGGCGAUAGCGGCGGGGAGAGGCGCCGAACCGCCUCGCCACGCUCGCCACCAGAACUGCGAGUCGGUGAGGACACGAAGGAGCCGCACCGACGCCGCCACCGCCACCGCGGCGAACUGCGCGGUCAGCACGACAACUCCCGCAGCGACGUGAAUGAGCCCGAGUCCGCCUCUGCACGCCUUGCCGGUGGCCUUGCCGACACCUCGCGCCACCACCGAUCGAACCAUCGAUCUGGUCAGCGCUGGGGCAGCCCCCCCAAGAGCACUGCCGCCAAUGCUUCGACAUCAGCGGGAGCGGCGGUGCCGUCUGUGGGGCCAACGCCUGUCAGUACCCUCGUUGUUCCAGUGCUUCAGCCCGUAACAGUGGCCAGCGCGCUGGUGGUCGCGCCCCCGCCACCACCGGCAAUGCUGUCUGCUGCGCCACCAGCUCACAGAGGUGCCCGAAGCCCACCGCCCAUCUCAACGGCGGCGCCGUCACCGCCGCCUGCGGUACCACCGACGAGCACAUCAAAGGGCCACCGACGCCACCGAAGCCACCGCCGCACCCCUUCCGCCUCUUCGUCAAGUUCUGGCGGCAGCUCCGACGCGGUGUUGAGACAAGGGUCGUCGUCGUACUCGUCCUCCGUGUCCACUCACGCCGAGUCUGCCUCGCGCCCCGCCUCGGCAUCGUCACGCGACCGCCACCGCCGGCGUCGCAGAGAUCGCCGAGGCCGCCGCGGCGGCCGCCGACCGCCACGCUCAGCCUCAUCGUCCUCGCGAUUACGUCCAAAGGCAGGGGAUCCUGUCAGCAGCGCCUCUUCCCCGCCAACGCACAACAACGCCAGCGUCGCCGAAGCUCCCAAGAAGAAGGGGGACGGCGGCAUUCUGAGGUUUUUCCGGCGCGGCAAAUCCGCCGCCGCUGAGGCCGACUCGGCUACACCUGGUAAAGCUGGAGCACCGGGCCAGGAGGCGUCCAUGAUGCUGCCGCUCACCAUGUCGCAGAGGGCGCCCUACGAUGCAUCCAUGAGGCCCUGUGGCGCCGCUGUCGCGCCGCGAGAUGCGGCGACCGGGGUGCAGCAAUGCGCGGCGAGCAGCCACACUGAAGCGGCGGGGCAGCGCCGUCGCGAUCGCACGCCGGGACGCUCACGGCAUCCCGCACCGGGUAGCGGCACCGUGAAUGUCCACAUCCCUCCGCAGCAGGGCAACGGCAACCACAACCCCAGCGUUGACCCUAGUUCCGCUGUCGCGCCUUCCAGCAAGAGCAGAGGCCUCUUUGGCGGCCUGUUUCGCAGAAAAAAGGACAAGGCAGACGGGGUCGCCACUGCUGCGGCUGGCGCGAGCGUCAACAACGCAAGCACCCUCAGCGGCCGGACAUCCCCGUCGUCGCGCCCUUCUACGUCGGGGGCCUCGGUCAACUUGACAACGAAGGUGGCAACCGCUGUUAGACUCGGCACGCCGUCAAUACCUCCGAAACCCGCGCCUCCCGGUGGCGGAUACGGCGCUGCGCCGAUGAGUCUUUCGACAGGACCCAACCCAGCCCUCAUGUCAAAGCCGGACGUCUUGAGGCGCUCCGCGAAGAAGAGCAAGGCAGCCGCGGCGCAGCUGCAGCUGCAGCAGGAGCUUCUUCAGGCGAACGGGCUGCGAGGCCAACUCCAGGCACAGACGCAGAGCCAGAAUCAACACAGUGGAGGCAAUAGAGGGCGCCGCCGAAACGAGAGCCGUGGCCACGCAUCACCGGUAGGCGAGCGCGGCGGCCGCAAAUCGGGCUGGCGCACGUCUGGAAACCGCGACGGCAACCCACACGGUCGCGGUCACCGUCGCACCCCCUUGCAAGACUCCAACUCCUGCUCGAGUGUCGCAUCAUCGACGUCCUCCAGCACAAAUGCCGCCCCGAAGCGGCACAGCGGCCGCGGUAACAGCGGCAGCAAGGCUGCUCGCGCUCAGGCAAACAGAGAAAUCUGA